UGGGAUCCAUAUACCACUUAUUUCAGAAUCACAGGUUCGGGGGAUGGAAUAAAAUUGAUAGAUGUCGAAGUGAGCGGGCUCACUAGUCGUCAUUUCUAGAAAGAAGUCUUGAUUUUCGAAAGAUUGUAAGAGUCAGAGAUUUAACAUUAUGGAGAAACUUGUAGCAAUAUUAGCGGUGAUCGUUGUAGCAAAUGCAGAUGUUUAUAUGCACAACCCAAGGGGAAGCAACAACAGACUUGAUGAAAAUGGAAGAGAAAGAAACAAUGGAAAUAGAAUGUUUGACUCACAAAACAACAACAGAGGGGGCUACAAUGUAGGCAGUUUGUAUUACACAGCCGGAUCCGUUCUGCCAAUUGAAUGGACAAACCAACAUAGCUGUGGAGACCCAAAUUGUCACUGUGAGAUUGUAUUGCAAUACAUGUGUGGUGAUUGGGUCAGGGACGGGACUACUACCUCAACUAUUCCAGAGAAUCCCAACCAAUGCGCUAAUUAUGAUUGUAAUACUGACAUCCAAUAUGGGAUGAACGAAAACUUUGAUUACUACCUCAACUGUAAGAUUCGCCAACGCCAAGAUAACCUCUUUACAGCUGAUCAGAACCUAAAUGGAGAGACAGCAAGAUAUACUAGACAGAAUCCACAAGGAACUAGAAGGGGGUAUGAAUGUCCAGAAGAGAGGGAUCAUUACCCCUACUGGGGUCCUACACCAUGGAUGGACAUUGCUGUUUUUACAAAUGAACCUGAGCGAUGUGAAUACUACCAAGCAGAGAGUCAGAACGUGAAAUCUAGAUGGGCUUGUGAUCUUCCCUUCUCCUAUUUACAAGAAAACAGGAAUGCUAAUCGUAACAAACCAGUCAUCCCCAUCACACAAGAAGCCUGUGAGGCGGUAGAGAUAGAGAACCCCGCAGGUGGCAAUGCCACCCGUGGUGUUUGGAGGGAAUACCCAUCAUUCAACAUCUCGGCUCCAGUUUGCAGAGAAAACCAUUGGAGUAGAGAUAAUCAUCUUGGUAACGGAGUCAAUGGACAACCAAACACGUUUAACUGGACCAUACCAAACACUAUCCAUGAAAGUUGUGCAUUACGUCUCAGAUAUAACAUCUCUACUGGUGAAUUUAAUGGUUGGGAUGGUUCUACAACAGCUGAAUUGAAUGCAGAAGGUAAUAAUCAGGCAAGCGCACUUGAUGUUCAUACAAGGUAUGGUUUAACUGCAGCGGAAGCAGAAGAUAGGGGUUAUGUCUUUGAGAAUAACCCACAGGUUCAGAUGUUCACAGACGCUGCUAAUGGUGAUAACUUUGAGCUACAACUUGCUAUUAACACUGCUCAACUUGGCAGGACAUUCCAAGACAGGUCUCACACCUUUGCAAUUCGUCCUAAGCCAGCUAAUGUCGGUGCUAACACUGUAUAUAAUCUGAACGUUAGAGGGAAGAGAGGUAACAUUGUUCAAGUCUUCCCUGCAGUGGAAUACGACUUUGUUCCUAACAAUUUGGAAAUGUUGCCUGAAGAUUUUGUUCACCCCCAAUGGACUGGAUCCAACUCAAAUCCAAACAACAAUGAUGGUCAGGGUCGCCAGGGUACUGAUCGUAGCAACAUUGCUUUGCUCAAGGAACAGAAUUACCCAGAAGGCACCGGAGCUUAUUAUCAGCCUUUUGGUGUUAGUGGGCAAUACGGUAACAGCUAUCCUAAGAAUCUAGCUGAUACAACGUUCCUUGGCUUGGAUGCUCAGACUCUAAUCAACCUGGCUGUUCUUCAACCAGGUCAGUUUCGAGGGGAAAUGUCUGAAUUGGACGAUGCCGGUACUUACUUUGAUGCCAAGCCCCUCAAGGUGACAGAAACCGGUACAUACCAUUACAUGUGCACAAGGAACAACAACUUCUCCAACCGUAGCCAGAAAGGACGCAUGAAGGUUGGUGUUGAACAGACCCAGUACGUUUCUAUUGGUUAUACUGGAGGCAAUGUAUCUACCUCGCAUAGUGAGCUGAAGUUUGGUCAAGGAUCCCUUGAUCAUCUUGAAGACAUCAAGGUAGUUGAAUGGAAUCCUCAGCAAGGUAAAUGGGAGAUAGAGCGUGUCAGUGGCUCAGCAGAUGAUAUCCCUGGAGACAAGAUUGAGAGCAACUUUAUCACCAUCUACCCAACCGGUCAAAUCACCACCGCUGAUCAGACCUUUACUCUACGCCUCUUCCUCAAUGGAUCCUCGUCUGAUGUCAUUGAGCUCUUCCGUAGUGACCCGCAGUCCUAUACAACAUGGGAGAAGGUGGACUAUGCCAGAGAAGGUAAUGCUCUAGCUGUGGAAACACAGAUGGGUGGUACCUAUGUGGCUACAGGAUCUAGCAAUGCUGGAAAGACUGCUGGUAUUGUCAUUGGAUGUAUAGCAGCAGCCGUCUUGAUCAUUGGUGGCGUCGUUUACUUCAGAAUGCAUCCAGAAAAGCUUUCAAACCUUACUAAAUCUGGUCCAGUCUAACAUCACGCCUUUAUAUCAGUGUAGAUUCCUCCCUCAUGCCUGAAUAUUACAAGACUCACAAUGCAUGUUUGUUUAACAUGAAAUACAAAGUCUUAUUUGUAAUAUAGACGCAUCUCCUCUGAUGAUAUGUUGUUCUUAAGAAACUGGUGCCCUUUUUAAAAAAAAAUUAUUGGAUUAUCAAUCAUGUGUAAUGAUUGGAUAUAAGCAAUAUGUUGUGUUCAAAGCCUUUUCAUCUGAAUUAACCAUGUUAUAUAUCAGGAAAUGAUUAGAUUUCAUAAUCCUGGAAAGCAUUACCAUAAAGAGAUAUAACUAUAAUAGUAGCGGUAAAUAAGCACAGUAAUUUAAAAGCUACACCAUUGACGCAUUACAAACUGAAGCAUGCAUUGUAACUUAAGGUAUGUUUUAUAUAUGUUGCUGAUAUUAUCAUGUGUUUAUAUUUAAGUAAUUCAAGUUUUAAAGGGACAUUGUAAAUAAGAUAUAUCUAUCAUUUUCAUAUAGUAUAUCAUGUAAUUCAGUUCUAUCCUUGUAUAUCUUCUCUACUAGCCAGCUCUUUAUCUUGUCAGCUUCCCCCUUUUAUUUUUCAUCCAAGUGACCUAAAUGAUCUAAUUUCAGUUUUCAACGUAAGGGUUGAUUACUGUCGUCAAGGAUGGCUCGCUUCUGAUGAAUGGGGUCCACAAUCCUUAUACAUGUAAUUAAUUUAAUCUGUUUUGAUAUCAGAUAAUAAUGUGCAUUCUGAAAACCCAAUUUUUCUCACUCUUUAGUUUAGCAUCAUUGCAUUCAAUUUCCAAAGUUGUUUGCCCUAUUUGUGGUUUCAACACUACAUAUGAACAUAAUCAGCUUUUGGUUUCGUCAUACUUGUUACACAUGCCAAAUUUAAAUCUUUUUCAAACAAAACUAUAUUUCUUAUAAUUUUCACCCUUCCAUGUGUAACCUCAACAAAAUGUACUUCUGAUAACAAAUAAACAUAUCUAACCUUAAGGUUUUCCAAAAAAAAAUUGUGUCAAACUGCAUUUCUCACAUAUUUAUGUAUCCCUUAUACUGGUGGUCAUUAGUCCCAUUGUGGUGGCUCCAAUUGCAAGAAACAAUAAAUUAUUAUCACAAUUUCUUUCUUGGUACAAAAAUAAUCUUAAAUUGUAGUAAAGAGUUCACAUACAUUGCAGUUGUCUAUUCAAAUUGCAUUUUGCCAAUUCUAACACAGUGGGAGGAAAGUGCUAUAUACCAUAUUUAUAACUUAUUUUCAGGACAGAUUUUUUUAUUCUGAUUCCAAUAUAUUUCUUUUUAGUUGUAACAUGUCUUAUUUUUCAAGAAAAGUUUAUACUAAAUGUUGUUACUGGCAAGUCCAUUGCACCAAAUACUCUGUCUUUCAUACAGGCAUACAUGCUUUCUUAACUGUCAAGUUUAAACAGACCAAACUCAUCUUUUAGAUGUGUUAUAAUUACUCAUUUUGACUCCCUGAGUCUAAAAAAAUAUUUUAUAAAAGAAACGAUUUUGUGAGGUAUUGAUUUCAUUGUGAUUAUCUUGGUGCCUCUUCUGCAAUACAAAUGUGUGUGAUAACAAAAAGUACUAUUAUGAUUAUGAUCUUGGCCCUGAAACAUAAAGCUUAGUGAUUGAUGAUAAGACCGAUAUGCAGGAUUAUUUUCAUUAAUUAAUUCUCAUUAAUUGUAAAAAUAAAAAUAUACAAUCAAUCAUAAAGCUUUAUGUUAUUAGGCCCUGAUUAACAUGGCAUUGAUUUCUUUGUAUAUAAAUGAAUAAAUUUAGUCAUUUUGUUUGAUUUACAAUUGGUGGUAUUUAAUAUUAUGUUGUGAGUCGAAGGAAAAUGGCCUAGUGGAUUGAUUUUGAAAAAGUAAAUUGACCAAGAGGGGGGUAAAAUAUUACUGUAAAACUUCAUGUAUAAAUCAUAGCUUUUUUUUUUACAAAUGCCCAAGAGGGAAUUAUCUAAAUCUAUACAAUACUAGGCUUUUGCCUUUUUAAAGACAAAAUUUUUGCUCGCUCGCCACUGUUAUAUAAAUAAUGGGGUUUUUCGGCACAGUGUUGACCAUCCCGGAAAAAAGUUGGGAAUCGCGCUAUCAGAGUAGCAUUUUCAAUUUCUAAAUGUUGGCAGGUGUGUUUGUGCAUUUUAAGUUUGGUUAACAUUAUUAGAGCUAAAAGAGUUGAUAUGAAAACAGGAAGAAUGUCAAGAAUGUUGGCUGAAUGUCAAUGCAGGAAUGUUGUCUUGUAUUUUGCAAUCCUGUGAUUCUUAAGUCCUCUUCAGACAUUAUACAAGGAAAGCACAGUAAAAGGUGUAAAAUUCAAUGAGAUAUGACCAUUAACAACAAAUUAAAAGGAGGAGAUGGGGUUUGCUCUGAAAAAGCAGACCAAUCAAAUUAAGCAUUGUCCAGCAUUGCAGGGACAAACAAUGACAUUCCAUCACAUUAAAGUGACAUUAUUAGGAAUAUCAUUAUGAUAUAUAACAUGAUUCAUGCAAUGGUAAUAGCUUUAGUCAGUAAGUUUUGACAAAUUGAGACUUAAACCUUGUAAUGGAUACAUAAUAGGUAGAUUUGUUUUGUAUGUCCAAAUACUAACAAAUUAUAUGUUUCAUAUUGUCUGAAUGAGGAUUUUGAGGUAAACUGGAUCGGAGAUAUGGAGUUAUCUUGUCCGCUGGCCGGAUGUUGAGACAGUUAAAAGGAAAGUUUAUAUUAUCAUGUUGGAAUUUAAAAGAGAAGGAAAUAUAUUUUUAAAGAUUAACAGAAAUGAAAGAAAAAAAAUAAAUGUUUGGAUGAUUUAUUGAAAAUUUAGGUAGUGUUAUAUCAUUUUUAAAUUGGAAGGAGAAAGACCAAUGCAAGAUAAAUAUCUGUUUUCAUUCAAAGAAAUUACUUAGUGGCUAUAAUUGAAGUUAUAUGAUGGCUAAUACAAAGGUUGAUUGUAUAAAAGGAAAAAUUCAUCAUGUAAUAUUUCUCGCGGAUUUUGUAAUGUGUAGAUGAUUGUUUUUCUUUGCAAAUAAAUACAUUUAUAUUUUUGCACUGAU